AUGUUGCACUCUCACUUACACCAUAAUAAUCACAAGUUUCUCUUCCCAAAUCUACCUGUUUCUCUCACCACACACCAUUUUUUUUCGCCAUCACCUCUUGUUCAUGAUUUUGUCCAUAGACCAACAAGUAAUUCUCACACUGUUUCAGUUAUAAAUCCUCUUCAUGUUGAACUUUCACUUUCACCGUGGUUAACCAAAUUAACCACAGAAACAUUGGAAUUAGGCACCGUUAUUGAUACUAUAGAUGACUCUUCUUUGAAUCAAGUUACUUUCAGUGUUGUUCUCAGUGCAGCCAUUGCUGUGUUAUUCUUUCCCACCAUCCAACGCAGGAUCAAGACAGCAAAACAAUUGAAAUAUAGGUCUUCUGGAGUGAAGAAGUCGUCAUUGAAUAGCUUGAAAACUUCUAAGAAAUCUAAGAAACGACCUUCACCAGAUCAAGCAUUGUUAGGAGCAAUUAUAGCUGGUAUUAUCGCGGUCAUUCUCUAUAGAUUCACAACAACUAUUGAAGCAUCACUAUAUCGCCAAUCAAUUUCAGAUAAUUUCUCUGUUCGCCAGAUAACAAUCACCAUAAGGACAGUAAUAAAUGGCUUGUGUUACCUUGCUACAUUUGUGUAUGGCAUAAACUCUUUUGGUUUAUUGCUUUAUUCUGGACAACUUGCCAUCAACACCUAUGUGAAAGGGUCAUCAAAUGGGAAAGAAAGUAGUGAAAGCAAAAUAAUGGAGCAGACAGUUCUAUCAAGUUCAUCGGAUGAAGAUCAAAGUUCAAAUAAUUCACAGUAA